UGGGGUGGGGGGGACAAAAGGGAGGCGAGCGGCGGCGGCGGCGAGGACUCCGCCAUGGGCUGCCCAGGGACCCGCCCGGUCUCCGUCCCGAUGCUGAUGCCGCUGCUGCUGCUGCUGCUGCCGCUCCUCCUGGUCAACGGGGAGCAGCGAGCCGAGCUGCUGAGCCCCUUUUUCGGCACCAAAUCCCGCUACGAAGAGCUGCACCCGCACCUCCUCCGGGACCCGCUGUCGCUCGGGCGGCCGCUCUCGGGUUUCCCGCUGCCGCCGGCUUCCUGCACCCCGCUCCAGCUCAGCGCCGUGGUCCGCCACGGCACGCGCUUCCCCACCCGCAAGCAGAUCGAGAAGCUGGCGCGCCUGCACGGCCUCCUCGUCCACCAACGGGGCGACGGCAGCGGUAGCAGCGGCGGGCGGUGCUCGGUGGCGGAGCGCCUGUCGGGAUGGGAGAUGUGGUACCAGCCGGAGGUGGACGGGAAGCUGGCGCCCAAGGGCUCCCGCGACAUGAGCUCCCUGGCGAAGCGCCUGGCCUCCCGCUUCCCCAGCUUGCUGGCUCCCGGUCGGCGCCUGGCCUUCACCAGCAGCUCCAAGCACCGGUGCGUGGAGAGCAGCGACGCCUUCCGCGAAGGGCUCCGCCAGGCGCUCUACGGGCGGGUGAGCGAGGGCAGGAAAAACGUUACCUUGACAGAAACAUUUGAAAUCAAUGAUAAAUUGAUGAGAUUUUUUGAUCACUGUGAAAAAUUUGUACGAGACGUUGAAGACAACGACACGGCCAUGUCUGAGGUUGACGCCUUUAAGGAAAGCCCUGAGAUGAUGAAGAUAGUGAAGAAAACCACACGUACUUUGUGUCUACAAGCAGAAGACUUAAAUGCAGAUUUGGUCCAAGUGGCGUUUUAUGCUUGCUCUUUUGGACUAAGUAUAAAAAACAUUAGCUCCCCCUGGUGUUCACUGUUCAACAAAGAAGAUGCAAAGGCCCUUGAGUAUCUGAAUGAUCUCAAACAGUAUUGGAAGAGAGCCUACGGAUAUAAUAUUAACAGUCAGUCCAGCUGCAUCCUUUUCCAAGAUAUCUUCAAAAAUUUGGACCAGGCAGUUUCAGAGAGUAAAAGGUCAAAACCUAUUUCUUCGCCGGUGAUCAUCCAAUUUGGACACGCAGAGACUCUUCAGCCACUUCUCUCACUCAUGGGCUAUUUUAAAGACAAAGUGCCUCUUAACGCCAGCAACUAUCGCCAUCAGUCAAAACGCAAGUUCCGUACCGGCCGUAUCGUCCCUUAUGCCGCCAACCUGUUAUUUGUGCUUUAUCAUUGUGAGCAGGCUAAGUCUCCUAAAGACGAAUAUAAGGUUCAGAUUCUUCUCAACGAAAAGCUGCUGCCUUUUACGUACUCGGGGAAAAAAGUUUCUUUGUACAGCAAACUGAAAAACCAUUAUCAAUUUUCCCUUCAGAAUUGUGAGUUUGCCAAAGUGUGCAGCAUCGAUGAAAAAUGUCCUCGCAUUAAUUCGUGAUAAAGGAACAUCAAAAAGAUCACCAAUGUUUCGGCGUCUGCAUAUUUUUUGGCAAAUAGUAAUAUUUUUGUUUGGGGUUGUUAAGACUUGGUGCACUGCCGAUGCUGCGGUGUUUUAAAAAAUCCUUAAAUGUACAUUUGCAAUUUUUAAUAGCGGCAUCAAACUUGGAGCCUUGAAAGAAAGGCAUUACCGGAUAUUUCCAAAGCUUGAAACAAACAGAUGAAGUUGCUCUGUUCAUGAAAAAUAACUCACUCUCUCUCUCUCCCGUUCCUAAAUCAGGAACGAUUGAAAAGUAAUGAUGUGCUCUUCCACAUUCAGCGUACUCCAUUGUGCUGGCUGCAGUCUAUUGUGAAUAGUUCCAGAGUUAAUGAAAAUGAAAAAUGGUUGCUGGAAUGCUACCUUCUAAAAAAAAAAGGGGGGGGGGAUGGAUUUCAACAAGUAUUUCUUACUUUCAAUUCCAAGGGACUUUCACGUAUUCCUGUUAAUCUCAGGGGACUUUUGAGGCCUUGUGAAUUGCUUAUUGCCUAUUUAUUUCAAAGGUUUAGGAUACAUUUGGGCAGCACGGUGGUAACUGACCAUUCCAUGGUGUAAUCAUUUAUUUCUAAUAGUAGACUUUAUCCAGUAAUAAUGUUCAUCUUCUAGAACCAGAAAAAGAAGGCUUGUGAACUUGCCAUUUGGACAAAGGCCCUUUCAGUAUUUAACUAUUCCAAUUGUCUUUCUUCUGUAUUCAUAUUGAAGGUGAAGAUUUAGAGGAUUUCAUUCCAGAUCCAAAAAGAUAAAGUCAUUAGUGUGCAUCCAAAACCUGAAAAAUGACCUGGAAUUGAAUCUGUUUUAGGUGUGAAAGAGAGGAAUGAGAAAUGUCUUACCAUUCUAACUCGGAAACAUCAUUUCAAACUUCCAAAUACAACAUCAGCCUUUUGAAAUAAAAUCUAUUUUGCUUGUGUA